AUGAAGAAGCAGGUUUGGUCUAGUGUUCUUCUCAUUUGCCUGUCCUUUCUUUUUGCAAGUUCUUUUUGUGUCGAGGCUCAGACCUGCAGGCCUAGCGGUAAGAUAAGGGGGAGAAAGGCUCCUAAAGGACAAUGCAAUGAAGAGAAUGACUCUCUUUGCUGUAUAAAAGGAAGGCUUUACACCACUUACAAAUGCUCACCACCAGCGACCAAUCACACAAAGGCAACUCUAACUCUUAAUAGUUUCGAGAAGGGUGGAGAUGGUGGCGCGCCAUCAGAAUGUGACAAUCAGUACCAUUCUGAUGACACACCGGUCGUCGCACUUUCGACAGGAUGGUUUAAUCACAAGAGCAGGUGCUUGAAUUAUAUUAAAAUCUAUGGUAAUGGAAGGAGUGUCAAAGCCAUGGUAGUCGAUGAAUGUGACUCUACUAUGGGGUGUGAUGCUGACCAUGAUUACCAGCCUCCUUGCCCUAACAAUAUUGUUGAUGCAUCUAAGGCUGUUUGGACGGCGCUGGAAGUGCCACUAAACCAAUGGGGCGAAAUGGACAUACAUUGGUCCGAUGCUUGA